CAAACGCACAAAAGGAUUCAAUCGAAACAUGACUGAUAGUUCUUCAUCAACAACUCGCAAACCUGAAAAGAUUGUUAUUCCAGUGUCAACUGAUGAACGUUGUUGGUUUAAAUGUAAACAAACCAACGCAGGAAGAGUUCGUGGAUCCGAUCCAAGAUGUAGAAUGUUAUGUUACUAUUCAAAUAAGAUUCCAAGUUUACCAAUAAACCCACCAGCAGACUUAAUCUCCAAUGUUCAGACAAAUGCAGCAAACCCUUCAGGUUCUCAAUCACAUCAAACUGUUUUACCUCAAACAUCAACUCAGACAAUCACAGAUGAAUUAGAGGACAAACGAGCAAAGUUAAUCGAACGUUAUACGAUUCCUGCAUUACGUGGUUCAUUUAUUUAUUUUGCCAUUGGAAAACCAGCAGUCUCUCGUCAUCUGGCUUCUAUGCGACGGUUACAUUCUGUCGAACAUAAUUGGAUUUAUGAAAAACUCAAAGAAGAAUCUGAGGAUCCAUCUGAGUGGGAAACUGUCCCCAAACGUCCAGUUGAACAAACAAAUAGAGGUUUGAUGGUUUUAUCGUAUCAUAGAGAUUACGAAAAAACAAUCAACAUCUCAUAUUCUCUUGCUUCGAUCUUUACAUCUAUUCACCUUCAUUUUGAAAGAUUAUACAGCCCUACUUAUCGAAUCAUUUCCAAAUUACCUACAUCGAUUUCUAAUUUAUCUCAACAAUCAUCAUCGAACGACCAUUCAAACCAAUUUGCAUUAUUGAUU